CGCGUCAACCAUAGAAUGGCGCAAGAUGAUGUAAAGCACAACUCGCCGUCGAACUUAUCGCUGGACCAAGGAUACUCUUCAGGAUCGGACGGCCAGCAUAUACAAGAGAAGGAAACAAAGAAGAACAAAACAUGGUCGCGCAUCUACAACACCAUAACAUACACACCACCGCGAUGUCGCUGGGACCCCGAGAAGCCACCAGAAUUCAGCAUGGCGUUGAACGUCCUGUUCGGCUUUGCUGGUGCUUUUACAGUCGCCAAUCUCUACUACAGUCAUCCUAUCCUGAAUAUCCUGGCGGAAGAAUUCAAUGUACCUUAUGACAAGGUCUCACAGAUUCCGACUGUCAUGCAGGCAGGAUAUGCGGCCGGUCUCUUGUUCUUGUGCCCGCUAGGUGAUCUCCUACCACGAAGACCAUUUGUUCUGUCGCUUGAUUUGGCUGCCUUCACUGCAAUCUCUUUCGUCACGGCUGUCACUACCGUUACACCACAGCUUAUGCUUCCUCUGGUUGGCGAUCUUGCACCNCCUAGCAAGAGGGCAGCAUCUCUGUCGAUCGUUACCUCCGGCCUCUUAUUAGGCAUGUUGAUAGCUCGACUCCUAUCUGGUGUACUUACCAACUAUACCUGUAAGCUUACUUCCGUAGAACGACUGUUAAAUGAGCUGACCACAUCUGUAUANGCAUGGCGCAACAUUUACUGGCUGGCACUAGGACUCCAGUAUGCCAUCUUUGUCUUGCUCUGGCUCUUCAUGCCAGACUAUCCUUCAACCAACCCCAACGGCAUUAAUUACUUCAAGAUUCUCUGGUCAAUCCUCGAGAUGCUGUUCAAGGAGCCAGUGCUAGUGCAAGCCUGUUUUGUCACUUUCUUUACAGCAGCAACAUUCACCUGCUUCUGGACGACAUUGACCUUCCUCCUCGCCGGAGCACCGUACAACUACGAUUCCUUGACAAUCGGUCUUUUCUCUCUCAUCGGCAUAGCGAGUAUGUUUAUCGGACCGGUCUGGGCAAAGUAUGUUAUCGAUCGCUUCGUACCAUUGUUCUCCGUAAUACUAGGAGAGUGCUGGUGUAUGCUGGGCAUCUGCAUCGGCACAUACACCGGCCGCAUCACGAUCGCUGGACCAGUCAUCCAAGCUUUCUUCAACGACUUUGGCUUGCAGACAGCCCAAAUCGCCAAUAGAAGUGCCAUUUACAGCAUCGCGCCUAAAGCACGCAACCGUGUCAACACUGCCUUUAUGGUUGCAACCAGUGUUGCCCACGAUCCCGAGAAGGGUGUAACGCAACAGGAACGAGUGAACGAGGGUCAUGUACUUGAGAAAGGCAUUGAGAUGCUCGGAGCGGAAGAUGGCGAGAACCCUGUACGAGAGAUGAAAGACCACGAGGAUGAAGAAAAGAGCUCUACCUGCCAGGAUAGUGAUGAGAUCACACCUGCACAGGAUACGCAUAGAGUGUAA